AGAAUAACUACGACCUGCUGGCUCAACCACUGCUGCGGGUUUCAUCACGACCAUGUCCUCCACAACGAUAGCUUCAUCCUCGGCGUCGUCUGCGACGUCCUCCGCCACUGCUUCUGGUUCAAGCACUACCAUUCAAUUACCCUCAAGCCUUAAAAUCGUCGGAAUAAUACUCGCAGUAACGAGUGGCUUGUUGAUUGGCUCUAGUUUUGUCUUCAAGAAGAAGGGCCUAUUGCGCUCGCAGGCCGGGCAUGCAGCAGGCGAAGGUGUCGCGUACCUCAAAUCUCCACUAUGGUGGACAGGCAUGACAAUGAUGAUAUGUGGAGAGUUGUGUAAUUUUGUUGCAUAUGCAUUUGUUGAAGCACUUGUUGUGACUCCUAUGGGCGCACUAUCUGUUGUAAUAUGUGCCAUCCUAUCUUCAAUCUUUCUCAACGAGAAACUCACCUUUUUCGGAUGGCUGGGUUGUGCCCUCUGUAUUAUUGGUUCCACUAUCAUUGCUCUCAACGGCCCACAAGAGCAAACACCUGGUGAAAUAGAGGCAUUUCAGAAACUCUUCUUGGCACCAGGUUUCCUCGCUUACAUAUCUGCCCUGAUUACCAUUGCCCUCUCUAUUAUCUUUUACUUUGGACCCAAAUAUGGCAAGAACAACAUGCUCUGGUAUAUAUCUGUGUGCAGCACUAUCGGCGGCAUCAGUGUGAGUGUCACGACCGGGCUCGGUGCAGCCAUAGUCAUGUCCGUUAUGGGAGUCAAUCAGUUCACGCACUGGUUUAUAUACUUUUUAAUGGUUUUCGUAGUGAUUACACUAUUGACGGAAAUUUAUUACCUGAAUAUUGCACUUGCACUAUUCAAUACUGCUAUGGUAACGCCCACGUACUACGUUUUAUUUUCGUUUUGCUCAAUGGUCACAACCAUCGUCCUCUUCCAAGGGCUCAGUUCCUCUGUCUCGCAAAUCCUCACCCUUGUCCUGGCCUUCCUCACAAUAUGCGUCGGCAUCACGAUCCUCCAAAUGUCCAAGAUUGACCCUGCGCAGUUGAAGCUUGAUCGCCGGUCCACCAUGCUCCUUCAAGCCUCUCGCGCAUCCACGGAAGACGCCGAGGAGAAGGGUAUUGCCGGUAUGGAAAACUCCGGCAUCGAAGCGUUGCGUGGCACGUUCGGCACUAUGAGCAGCAUCAUCCGCGCCCGUUCAGCACGGACGAUGAGCCAAUCAAGCAGGCACGCAAGCUCCUCUCUUCGAGCGCGUCCAGAUGGUUUACCUUCCACACCUGCGAAUAACGCAUAUGAUGGGUUGACACGUCAUCAGCUAUAUGAUGCCCCUGUGCCGCGGCUGUCCGAGACAGAUCGUGCGUCGUCGGUUUCAUCUGGAUCAACACCAUACAGCCCGCGGAGAACAGCCAUCAAAUUCGGAUCGCAAGAUCUCGUACAUUCGUACCGCCCGCCAGGUAGUGGAGAUGCAGAUGCCACGCAUGAGCACAGGAACGCCGUGCACACCGUACCGUCAAAUUCAUCAUUCCGGUAUCCUCCAAUACCGAGCACCGACACGCUCGGUAGUUCGCAGUCCCUAGUUGUACCACCGCGUGCAAAUGAUGAACCACCAGCACCCACCGUGUCUACAAUGUACCACAAUCCAAUCAAAAGUGAUCCAUUCGAAAGCCCGACAACUCCCGCGAUGACCGCAUUCCCCCCAUCGUCUGACAUGCUGUUAAAUAACCCUUUGCAAAGCUACCGAAACCAGGAGGAUGCGCGCCCCACGGAACGCACACGACGUAGCUCUUCAACGGGACAGUUGCGACGAUAUCCAAAAGGUGUAGAUGAUGAAGAAGAGAGCAGAAGCUUGUGGGAGCGGGAGUCGCCUGUGCAGGAUAUGUCCGAGGAAGAGGAAGAGGGUUCAUCACCUCCAGCCCAGGGAAUCAGACUGGUGAAGCCUGGAUCUAAGACAUGGUUUUGAUGUGUAUGGUCAAAGAUGGACUGCUUGCUAUUAGGCAGCUUGGACUGAUUGAGUUGUUGUAUCUAUUUGCAUGUAGAGUUUUCUGUGCGCCAUCAGCUUCUGAAUGCCGGUGGAUGAAUGAGAUGAGAUGGAUUAUAUCGUGA